AUUAGAUAGUCUAUGAUUCGUGACUCUUUCCCUUUCACGAGACCCUUUAAUUAUGAUUAUUGUAUUUGUAUAUGGUGUGGCGCAUGGCAGCAUCUUUCAAUUGUGUGUCACACCCUCCUCCCAUUUUUUACCAUACAAUACUACUCUCUCAUUUCCUCAAUUUAAUGUAAAUCCACAGUGUUCUAUUCUUCCCCCGCAGAUCAAUGAAAACUGCCCUCCCGUCAUUCCCCACACCUGCGCAAUAUUCACUGUCGACUUCGACUUUAGUGCCUUUUCUCAUGGGUACACAGUAAAGCGAUCGACAACGCAGGGGGUCCGUUUCAUGUACCCAGGAAUGUGUACUUGUAGAUGUCGAGUCAAUGGGGGACCCCCACCUGACCACUCUGUAGAAACAGUGCUAACACGGUCUACCUGUCUACAAACUAUAGUUCACAAGUGUCAUUCCUGUCGCUUACAUGAUCACUAUCCACUCCAUGAACCAUCACUAACCGUAAAUCACGUGCUUCCAGAGAAGAGAAGCAGUCGUCUUCAUCACUUCUCUGUGAAAUCUAGAACAUCAGCAAUUCUCGGUCCUGUGGGACUGCAAGGAAACAAGCGGGGUUCAUUUGUGGCGUGCCAUCCAGGGUUCCGUGGCUUGUGCUGCGGAGCUUCACGGGCCAACCCCAUGGUCUGGAUGGAGCUGUCUCAAUGGCAUGACGUGGAUGACAUCUUGACACUCGCUUUUCAUUUCCUCCAUCAUCCCACAACCAUCAGCUUAGUUUCUGGUACAAACGUCAUCCCCAGCAGGUGUUCGUUCCAUUGUCUUGCCCUUUGUGGUGACAAGCUUGGGUGGCUUCUAACCCCGCCAGACGUUCACAAUGGUCUUGGACUCUAUUUGAACGUGUGCUAACCUCGCAAGACAUGCCGUAUCGGAGCAUUGAUCACAGAUCUAAGCAGCUUUAGUGAUUAUCACCUUUCUACCUAGGACUCGUCAAGAUGUCGAAUCUCAUGCACAAGGUCAAAGAUGCCUUGACUGGCCAUCACAACAAUUCCAAUUCCCGUAUGAAUACCUAUGAUCUUAUC